AAAUUCGAUCACACCCUGCUUAUUUAUCGUACUACUAUUCACAUGAGAAUCUUAAUCCAAGAUUACCCCCACCAUUACUGUCACGAGAGGAUUGGCGUGUGGCACAAAGGUUUCAGGCAGGGGGGUCGUGUUUUGAAGGAAGUGGCGAUUGGAGGAGGACGAAUUUGGUCGAUGUUGGUGGAAAUUCAUCAUUAUUCUCAAUGCAGCCUAACUUAUCUGUACGGAAGGCAGAAGAUGAGUUGACGGAAUUGAGGAAAGGUACUCAAAGGAAUCUCUCAGGGCAAUCCUCCACUGAAUGGCUGGACAGAGGCUCUGAUGGUUUGAUUGGGUUGUCAAGCACUGGAUUGGGUGCAAGGAGGAAGAGUUUUGCUGAUGUCCUUCAGGAUGGACUUGAACAACCUGCUUCCUUAUCAGGUCAUCCCUCACGCCCUUCCAGUUGUAAUUCAUUUGGUGAUAUUGUGGAUACCUCAGGCAUCUCUAGUCGCCGUUCAGCAGAAUUAUGUAAUGGAAUGGAAUUCACAGAGGCCUUGCAUCCUGGCGCUACUAACCCAGGUCUGCCUAGAGUUCAGAGCCUCGGUUCAGUAUUUUCUCAUUCUUUCACUUCUGCUAUGGCUGCAUCUCUGUUGAGGAGUAGAACCACCGAACCUCAGCUGAGUGGAAGGUCCCCAAGUCCUGGUCUUCCUCCCAUGGGAAACAGAGUUUUCCCGGUUGAGAAGAAGAAUAUUAUUGGUUCGAAUGCCUUUAAUGGUCUUUCUUCUAGCAUGACCGAGCUUGCUGAUAUUGCAGCUUCUUUAUCUAGCUUUAACUUGUCAAAAAGUGAACUUAGUCAUGAAGAUAGUGUUUUGCAGUCUCAACUCCAAAUGAGAUUUGAUAAACCUAAUCAUCUGCUGGAUAUGUCAAAUGGUCAUAAGCAGAGUCUACAUCAGCCAUUUGUUGAUUCCAAAACUGAAAAGUUGACCAUUCCUACCAGCUAUGUUAACUUAACGGGGAAGAAUGGAAUUGUAACAGACCAAAAUCUUUCUAAGUUAGGUUUUGAUGGACAUGUGAACUUUCCCCAAACAUCUUCUUCUUCUGAUCUUUACUUGAAAAUGAAUCCUUCAGGGUUUACAAGCUUAGAAGGAUCUAACAAUUAUCAAACUGAUAAUUUUUCCAGUAUGGACUUUUCUGGCCACAUACAGAGUGGGUGUUCCAAUAGUAAGAAGCUGAAUACAGCAGUUGGUAUUAGUAAUCAUCUCAGUAAAGGUUCAGGCUUUAUUGGUGAUCGAAAUGGGCAAAAUUUUAGUAGUAGUAAUCAAGCAGGGUCUGAUCUUCAUUCGCUGCAUAUGGAUCCACGUUAUAUUCAGUACUUGCAAAAAACUUCUGAUUAUGCAAUGCAUGCUGUAGCUUCCUCAGGUGAUCAUUCUCAAGGAAGGAAUUAUAUUGGCACUUCCCAUGAUCAUGGAGAUUUGCAAAGGUUUCAGAAAGCUCAUCUUGAGGAACUGCUUGCUCAACAGAAAAAUCAGCAUGAGUCAUCACUUUUUCGUAAAUCUGGUGGUUCGAAUCAUGGGUAUUAUGCAGAUUCUGCUUUUGAUAUUGGCUUGCCAUAUCAAGGAAACCCUAUGGCCAAGUCAGUAUUUCCCUCUUUUGGAUUUGGGGAUCCUAUAUUUCAGAAUGAACAGAUCUCACACUUUCAUUCUAUGUUGAGAAGUUCAAUGGGAGGAUCUAGUGGGUCGUGCCAUACAGAUGUUGGAACUAACAUGGAAGGUGCACUUGCGUCUUCUUUAUUAGAAGAGCUCAAGAACAACAAGACCAGGUCUUUUGAACUCUCAGACAUUGUUGGUAAUGUAGUUGAAUUCAGUACGGAUCAAUAUGGGAGUCGGUUUAUUCAACAAAAGCUAGAAAUUGCUACAGUGGAAGAAAAGACAGAGAUAUUCCCCAAGAUCAUUCCUCAUGCUCGUGAUUUGAUGAUAGAUGUAUUUGGGAAUUAUGUUAUACAGAAAUUUUUUGAGCAUGGCACAGACAGUCAAAGAAAGGAGCUAGCCAGCCAGAUAACUGGUCAUGUUUUUCCUCUGAGUCUUCAAAUGUAUGGUUGCAGAGUAAUUCAGAAGGCCUUAGAAGUAGUUGAUGUGGAACAACAAACCCAGAUUGUAACAGAGCUUGAUGGUUUCAUCAUCAAAUGUGUUCGUGAUCAGAAUGGUAAUCAUGUUAUCCAGAAGUGCAUAGAAUGUGUCCCUCAAGAUCGAAUUCAAUUUAUUAUCUCGGCCUUCUUUGGGCAAGUUGUAGCACUUUCCACACAUCCUUAUGGUUGCCGUGUCAUUCAGAGGGUUCUGGAGCACUGUGAUGAUCCGAAGACACAACAAACUAUCAUGGAUGAAAUUAUGCAUUCUGUGUGUACUCUGGCACAAGACCAAUAUGGGAAUUACGUUAUUCAGCAUGUCCUGCAGCAUGGUAAACCACAAGAACGAUCUGUAAUUAUUAGCAAGCUAGCAGGGCAAAUAGUAAAGAUGAGUCAGCAGAAGUUUGCCUCUAAUGUUGUUGAGAAGUGCUUAACUUUUGGUGGUCCGGGAGAGCGUCAACUUUUGGUGAAUGAAAUGCUUGGUUCCACUGAUGAAAAUGAGCCCUUACAGGCCAUGAUGAAAGAUCCCUUCGGAAACUAUGUUGUGCAGAAGGUUCUUGAGACCUGUGAUGAUCAAAGCCGUGAAUUAAUUCUCUCUCGCAUCAAGGUCCACUUGACUGCACUGAAGAGGUACACUUAUGGUAAACAUAUCGUUUCACGUGUUGAAAAGCUCAUCACAACUGGAGAGAGGCGCAGUGGGUUAGCAUCCUCGUAUUUUUCUUGAGGUAAUCCCAAUUUGGAAAAGAAGACAUCUUUGUUAUUAUUUUCUACGUGGAGCUUCUAAUAAUUGUAAAUAAACACGAAGUUCAAUUCUCCUGUUGGAAUACGAUUUGCUUGUCUAUUUUCUCUAUGUAUGUUCGGCUUGCAAUUUGUAAUUUCACGGUUGAGUCAUAAUAGGAUUAUUCUUUUUUGAUGUACAUUUUUAAGGUUCAGUCUGUAAAUAAAAAAAUAAAACAAGUGUAAAUGGUCAAUUGCAUUGGGUAAGAGAUGCGGUAGAGUUCUUGUUAGGUGGAAGUUCAUGAUGUUCAGAACAUAAUUUAUAUGUAAAUAUACUACAAUUUUCUUCUGAGGCUA